UGAGUUGGAAUUAAGUGAACACAUGAUGGCUGUCAGUGUUGAGUGUGUGAAACCACAGGGGCUCGGCGGCCUGUGUGUGACCCUGUCCUCGCGGUCCUCUGGGUCCUCGCGGUCUUCUGGGUCCUCGUCUCAGAAUGGAAACCAAACGCAUGCUCAGAUAAAGUUAUGAUCCACGUUGAGCCUGAGCGUUUCUGCCGCUCCGUGUGUUGUGAAUAAGAUGCUUCUUGAUGGUCCAAAUAUGGAGUCAUUAGAGUGAUUAGCUGAGGGCCUGAAUGUGAAUGGUUGGGGUCGCUGCUCUUCGGGGCGCCUCAUUAUGCAGGCGCAUUAAAAGAAAGCCGCGGGGGUCAAAUGGGUUAAGGACACGAACAAAAAGAGGGGCAGGGUCACGAUUCAAAUUCUAAGUGGGAAGAUGUCCCCAUUGUCAGCGGGCUAUAAAGCAGGCAGAUGAGGCCGGCCGGCACCGCAGAGGAGCCGCGUGUUAUUCACCAGCGAAGACCCGAAGGAGAAACGCCAGCAUGGCCUCCAGGCGCCGCGUUUGGAUUGUUCUGAUUCUCCUCUCAGUGAUGACAUGUGACAUGUGUGGAGUAUCUGGUCGCGCCGUGGACACGCGGGGACUUCUGUCACAGUGGAGGGAAACCGCAGCUGAAUCGUCCGGCUCCGACGCGCUGAGGCGGUGGAGGCGCGGGGUGGCGGAGGCGCACCGGGAGCGCUGCGCGGAGCUGGCGGCGCCUUGGCAGGAGAACACGAAACAAGCCCCGGAGGAUAAGGCAACCCUGCUGCAGCUCCGCGUCCGGCCCUUCUCCCCCAGAGCCUCGCUGGGCCUGCUGUUCCCCGGGAAGUCCCUGUUCAGCUUCGUCCGCCGGGUCUACCACUGCUGUCAGGAGGGGCUGGACUGCAGGAGCGUCAGAGGGAUACAAGGCCGCCUCAGAGGAGGUACGGAGGCGGAGUUUCUCCUCACCAGGGAGAUUUUAUCACUGAGAGUCACCAGAGCCGAGCUUCACCUCCAGCUUUCCAACCCACACCAUCUGGACAUCCACCCGGUGCUGUCAGCGAUGGCAAAGCGCGGCCUUCCCACGAGGUACAGUUUGUGGUCUCGGGGCAACACGGUGGAGCUGAGAGUGGAUCUGCUGUUCCUCCUCCAGAGCCUGCAGGAGGCGGCAGGUGGUGCCGGAGCAUCUGCCCCCGGCCUGCUGAACAUCCGGCAGGUGGUGUUCUCUUCCAGGCGGCAUCCACCUGGGGAGGAGACCACUUCGAGGGCUCUGCAGGACGCCGGUGGGGACGUGUGGGGGGAGCUGGGCUUGGUCCUGGGCUGCAGUCAGACCGGAUCCGACAUGUCGUGUGGAGCCGGCGGCGUUGGCCUCUCACACCCGCCUUUCAUGGCCGUGUACUACAGCUGAAGUCCAGCUGAGACUGUGUUGACUCAAAGGAAUUGAUGCACUUCAAGGUCAAAUCUAUUAAUUUAUGAAUGUUAUUUUGCUAAAUAUAUAAUCAUGUGUAAAUAGCAAAUAUGAUUUACUGGAAUUCUAUGGAGUCACUUUGGUUAUUAAAGUGCAGUGUGGUCACUUCUGUGAACACGUCAGUCAGCUUUGUGCUUCUGUUUGAAGAGGUUUUCACAGCUGGUGGGGAAAGGUGGAGGAAACACACCUGGACAAACAAAGGGCCUGCACGUGCUGGGGCCCUGUGAACCCGAAAACACAAGGGUUUCAGUCAGGGCCUCCUCACCCCCGAGCUCACGGAGGCCGGUGACGUCUCUUUCUGAGGCUCGGGGGGUGAGGAGACGCGGCCUGAAGCUCCAUUUUCGUGUGGACUGUUCCUUUAAUUUGUCAUGAAACACUGUUAGACCUUUAAAAGGUAUUAAAGCUUUCACAAACCGACACGUUCUGAUAAAAUAGCACAUUUAUUAAAAAGAUUUACCAGCAUUUCCCAUCCUGCAGACACAUCCGAGUGAGAUGAGGGCUCAGGAGAAGCGUCUCUCAGUCCACCUGCUGCUGCCUGCGGCCCUCAGAGGCGCAGCCGCUCGUCCCGCGCGCGUACGCGUCGACGUGCUGACGUUCCGCUUCAGACGCGCCUCGCUUUAAAUUCAUCUCACGUGUUCGGCUGCUUCGCGAACCAAACAAAAAAAAAGGAGAUAAAAAAUAACAGCGACGUGCUGAAAAUCUCAAAUUUACAUCAAUUACAGAGCAAUUAAAAAAGACGGCUCGGGGAGAGCUGGGCGUCAUGGAGGGGGAACGGUUAGUGGUGACGAACGGUUUGCCCACCAGGUGAGAAACGAAAGAAGCGCCGGCCUCAGCUGAACACACCGCGCUGAAGGUUCUGGGUGGAAUGACAGCAACUCUUUGGUUCUCAUGUGAACAACACGGAUCAGAUCUUCAUUCACAGGAGAGGAAACCGAAACUCGGCUCUCCGGACAGAGACUAAAGAAGAAGAGGCGAGCGGAAGGCCAGCGGGGCGGCGAGCUGCAGGCGGACGACGGCAAAGCACGAUGGGCUCAGUGACUCAAGGCAACAAACACACAAAAAAAGACACACACGAGGCAGUGCAAAAUGUCACACCAACAAAACAGCACGUUUUAAAAAGCAGAUCCUGAGGAAACAAAAUUCAAACAUAAACAUCCGAGCACAAAACACGUCCAGAUCAGCCCCGACUCUGACUUCAAUUAGAACAGAAGAGCCCGCGUUUUCACACGUUUAUUUCACCUCCUGACAUCCGGUUUACCUUCGCAUUUACUUUGUACCAACAAGCGCUCCUCCCCGGAGGAGACCAGGCCCAGGUCUCCCCCAGGGGCGGAGUUCCAAAAGAAGCCCCUCAGCUCACACCAAAGUGAUGAAGACUCACACGAUCAAAGUGUGUCAUCUUGUACCUUUUAUAUACACACGCGGAGGAACAAAACGCGCCGGCGGCGGUGCUCAGGUCAACCAACCAGCCGUCUGCGCUCUUAAAUAUGAGUUUAAGAAGAAAAGAAAAACAACAACCCCCCCAGCAGGCUGACUGAACACGUUCUGCAGUCUGGGGAGGAGAAUCGAGGAGUGAGGACGAAGCCACAGCACCUGAAUUAUGAACCGUUUUAAAGCAGAAGGGGGGCCGCAGAGCCGAGCACUUCAGGGAGGAAACGAGAUCCGCAAACAAAGCUGCUCUCAGUCCGGACGGACAGCGGAAAAGGACGUCGUCGUCUCAGACAACAGACAGGUGAGGCGUGCGGAUGAGACGUGUGUGACGCUUUGCCACGUCAUACAGCAGCUGGACACAGCAGCUUCACGGACAAACCGUCCAGUCCACGCGGACCACAGCCACAGGGCGUCUUUUCACAAUAAAAUACAAACAUUUCGAUGUUUUCAUGGUCACAAAGGGGUGAGUGAAUUUAAAAAAAAAUCUAAUAAAACCACUAAUGGCCUGUUUGAGCUCCCUUUCUGAGAGCAGGCGACGUUGUUGUCAUGACAACAGCCGGUUAUCUGCUCAUCUAAUGACAUGUCAAAACGUGCUCUUCUCUUUCAACCAUCUCUGCUUGCAAAACGAUUUAAACGGCUCAUCUAUUAUCCAAAUAUGGCCGCGGCCACUCAGAUGUUGAUGCGCGUCUAUUCGCGCAGUUACGGUGCUCGGAGCAGCCAAAGAGCACGACGGACUCAAAGGUUUUACAUAUCCAGACUGAUGCGAGGUCUCACUUUCACAAGUUUGUAUUCAGCGUCGUCUUGAACAGGAUUCAGCUGAAAAUCUGGACAUUUUUAAAUAAAAGUUUAACUCUGAGAAGACCGGCAGGUCUGAGUCACGGGUCGAGUUCUCAGUGUGAACAAACGGAAGCAUAUUGGGUUUUUUU